CUCCAGCAACCCCCUCGUUUUCAAUCCCCACGCGACGUUAAUCCCGGCCCUCUCCUGAAGAACCAGGCACAGAUAGCCAGGAUAGACACGCGUCAGCAUACAACUUCCAGUGUGGACAGCGUCGACGAUGUCUCUCAGCAACUUGUCGGUGGUGAGCAGCGGAGGACGAGCGAUACUGCAAGGCUCCAGCAAGCUCAGCAGCAGGCUCCCUCGCCCGCAGGUUCAGCUCGAGCAGGCUCAGCAGCAGCAGGCCCACCUCGCCGCCCGGGUUCAGCGCAUCAACGCCACGAUUGAAGAGCUGUACCCCCGGACAGCCGCCGUCAAGGACCCGGAGGCCAGGAGGGAGGUGGAGCUGAGACUGAAGGGACUGGCGCGCCACGGGCUGUUCGUCACCGAGACGUGGCGAGAACUCGACGCGAUUCUCGCGGAGCGCGGGAGGGCGUGGUAGAGCAAGAGCUGCUCUCGAAACUUUCCUUACGGGAGACGGCUCCCUCCCAAGGGACGACAGACAUCACCCCCUCUCCUUUUCGUAUUUCGGUAGAAUUCUCGCCUCUCGGGGAAACCGGGCCUGGAGUCGAGUAGGCGUUGAAGAAACCCUGAGCCACGGGUGUGAUUGCUGCUCUCAUUCAUGUCUUGCCUAUUUUUAGCAGCUUUCCUCUUUAGUGUUUCGUGCUAUUUAGUUGGUCCCUGGGGUUUCCUGUUUUCGGGGAGGUAACGGACGGGACGCAGGUCACACGGAACGAAAAAAAAAUGAGUGAUGGGGUGAUUUGGUGUCCCGCAAGUCAGCAGCGAACGACCAGCCACCGAAACGCGCAUUCGGCAGCCGCGCGGAUGGGACGGGGAAAGUUGUGCUGUGUAUUCAACCAUGUAAAGAUGCAUUUCAAGUGAACCACCGGCGAAGGCAAUGGAUUCGCAAAGUUUGAGAAAAAACAGCAGUGUCAAUAUUUGGAAUUUAGCCUUUGUAUUUUUUACGCCAACCGCGGGGAAAUACAGCGGGCAAUGAAUAACACUGCGCGGGGUGUGGGGGGGUCCUGUGCGAAACGUGUUCUUGGGUGUGGGUACCAUAGUUGUUGUAGGUCUGACCGAAUCGGUCGCGUUUGGCUCUGAGUGGCCUUCGAAAAGUCCGAGCUGAAGAGAGGACACGCCAACGAAAAUUCGCACGCUUUGCUACUCGACGACGGCGAGUGAAACGAUUUGGGGUCUCGUUGAAUAUGUCGGCGAUGUUCGCCAGGACACAGCCAAGAUGUGACGAAAACUUGACGAAUGGGUGUAGGGAUGCUGCCUUGAUUCCGCACGUGGUGUUCUCACAGGGAGCGAUAAGUUGGGAGUGAAAAACGCUUGUUCAACCCCGGUGCGCGCAUGCAGUGAGAUUGCUGCUUGCUAUAACUACGGCAGGAUGUGUAGACGGUGAACGAACGCGCGCGGAGGCUGGACGCUUGAUUUACUUCGCAGUACCUUAGCGCGAAUGUAUUGUUUUUUUGUGUGUGAUAAAUUGGGUUGUACAAUGACGGAAAAAACACCUGGCUCAACUGGCUGUGGGGUCUCGUGAAAAAGCACGGGGGGAGCUGUCCACGCUACCCGAGCUUGGGUGUAUUUUUUGUGGAAAAGGGGGCCGUUGGGGGCCGUAUAUAAUGUACAGCAGCAGCAGUAUGGAGUUCGAUGAUGUUAAGGACUGUCAACGUGGAGGAUUCAUUUUGUGGCGGGGCCACGCUGAUUGUCUUCGUCCACGUGUACGUGCGCUAUUUAGUAGAGCUCUUGCAAGACGAGCGGAUGGAUGCGAAGAGCGAGCACGCGAAAACAGGGAAAUCUGGGCACCUAAACGGGUUGUGUUGGAAGAUUGGUCCUGUUGCUUGCGCGAUUUUCUUGCCGACUGUUGUUG